AAAAAUGUUACAUUAUUAGAAUAAACGGUUCAUACGAAGCUUUGGAAGGAGGUUUCACAAUGGAGGCUAUGGGAGAUUUCACUGGAGGUGUGUCAGAAAUAUAUGAACUAAAUAACGAGCAUCCUAAUUUGUUCACAAUUAUGCUAAAUUCAUUUCAACGACAAUCGCUCAUGUGUGGUGCAAUACUCAAUUCGAAAUCGCCUGAUACAGACAAAAAAGGGUUAUUUAAAAGCCAUGCAUAUAGUAUUACCAGGAUAACUUAUAUACCUUUACCAUCGAGUAAUAGUAUAAUACCUCUUAUUAGACUUCGAAAUCCUUGGGGUAAAAGCGAAUGGAACGGGCGUUGGAGUGACAAAUCAGAUGAGUGGAAAUCUAUACCUCAACAUUUAAAACAAUCAAUAGGUCUUAUAAUAGAGGACGAUGGAGAGUUUUGGAUGCUAUUCGAUGAUUUUGUCAAAUAUUUCUCUAUAUUGGAAAUUUGUCAUUUAAAUCCUGGCUAUCUAGACAAUGAACAAUAUAGGGUCAGCGGAGGGGCAAAAUGGGAUCUGAGUAUAUUUGAAGGUGAAUGGGUCCGAGGCGCAACAGCUGGUGGAUGUGAUAAAUUUAAAGGUAUAAUUAUUUUUAAUAAUAUAAAAUCGUUAACUUUAUAA